GGAAUGCCCGGAUUAGUACUAACGCCAUUGGUGGUGACUGGGACUCAGUGUAGUACAAGCAGGAUAGUGUUGUAACAUUUAGUAGUUGUGACUUUGUAGAAUUUGUUGUAUACUCUUCAGUAAUCAUGAAAUUCCUAUCAAAGUUGCUUCUUUUUCUGUUGCUGGCUUUUCCCAUUACUGUCUUGCUGAAUGGCAGAGGUAUUGGCCCAGUAGUUUCAGCGCAAGACUUGACAGAAGACGAGGAAGCCCUUGAUGACACUGUAGUGGAAGAUGAAGAUGAUGAAGCUGAAGUGGAAGAGGAUGAACCAACAGAACUUACUGAAGAGAAAGAAGAGGAAGAAGAAGACUUUACAUCGUCUGAGUUAAAGGCUUCACCUAAUGCAGAUACAACUAUCCUGUUCGUUAAAGGAGAAGAUUUCCCAGCCAAUAACAUUGUGAAGUUCUUAGUUGGCUUCACUAAUAAAGGCAGCGAAGAUUUUGUUGUAGAGUCUCUGGAUGCCUCCUUCCGCUAUCCUCAGGACUACCAAUUCUACAUCCAGAAUUUCACUGCUCUUCAGCUUAAUACCUUGGUACAACCCCAGAGACAGGCCACCUUUGAGUAUUCCUUCAUCCCAGCAGAACCUAUGGGAGGUCGUCCUUUUGGACUAGUCAUCAACCUGAACUACAAGGAUACUGCAGGUAAUGUCUUCCAGGAUGCAGUUUUCAACAAAACUGUUACAAUUACAGAAAAAGAAGAUGGAUUAGAUGGAGAAACAAUUUUCAUGUAUGUGUUUCUUGGUGGACUAGGGCUGCUGCUUAUUGUUGGACUCCAUCAGCUUCUGGAAUCUAGAAAGAGAAAAAGAUCAAGCCAAAAGAAGGUAGAAAUGGGUACCUCAAACCAGAAUGAUGUUGAUAUGAGCUGGAUUCCACAGGAGACUCUUAAUCAAAUCAUGCAGAGUAGAAGAGACAAAGCUUCACCCAGAAGGUCUCCUCGAAAAAGACAGCAGAAGAGAGCAGUUGGGUCUGACGAAUAGUCACAUGUGCUUCAGAAGAGAUGCACAUUUCAUCCUACCUAUUUUGAAAAACUAAAGACAGUGCAGCAAAGCCAUGUGAAGAUAUCCAGGGAAGGAAUUUGCUGUUUAUUUUUGUGGACUGAGCAGCCCCUAAAUCAACCACAGAAGAGUAUGGCUUUCUGACUGCAAAGAGCAUGCUGCUGAAAAAUACUUUCCUCCAGUUUUGUUUUUUUUUUUACUUGCUUUUCAUGUUUAGUAAUUCAAUUUUGUUUUUGGACUGUUUGUAAUGUGCCCUAAGAAUGCUGGGAGAACUGAGUGCCAUUUGCUUUCUGUGAAAUAUUCAUUCUGUCAUGUUUUUACCUUAGUAAUGCUGGCGUAUGUCAAUGCAAUUAUAAUCCUUAAUGAUCCUAAAAAAUGCCAAAUGUUGGGGUGGUAGGAUUUUGGAGGAGGAACAUAUGUAUCCGUGAUUAUGUAGCAUCUGUUACAUGCUGCUGUCGCACGAAAAUAUACUGCUUUUAGCAGUCUGCAAAUUAAAUGUUUUUAUUUACGUACAACCUUGAGUGUACAGUGAGGCACACACAGACAGAAGAAGAUUAAAAAUUUGCUCAGAAUUUUGUGGAUUAAUAAUUGACAGUUGCUUAGCAUGAGCAUGGACGUCUGCAGAAUUUUGCAAGUAUUGCUUUGUGACUUUGAGAGGUCUUCACUGCAAAAUAAAUUUUGUUAUAGGAGCUCUGCUUGUUAUGGAGUAAGUAAUUCACAGUAAUUUCACAUGGUCUUUUCGUCAUUCAUCUGAGCUCAGUAUUUCUGAAAGAAAACGUAUAAGUGGCUUUUGGCCUCACUGUGAAAAUAAGACCAUUUUGGGGGUUGCACCUUCCUUUAGUUUACAGUACUUUAAAGUGGUGCAUACAUUUAUGGAAACUUCAUAAUACGUGGUCACAAGAUUAUGGUUAAUUCACGUGUUUUGUAAAAUGUAGCUAAGUGAAACUGAAUGACGCAAGAGUCUUGUGCAGAAGACCAAAUAAAAAGAAUUGUAGAAGACUGAAAUAAAAACAGCACUACACCCUGGAGAGAGAAAAAAGUGAAGCUACGUAUGUAGAAGGGCAAAGUUUUAAAAUAAUUCAUAGUUUUUUUAAUGUACGAGGGCAAGUGCCCCUACAUACCUCUUGUGCAUGUGGUUAGGGGGUGGGUGGCUGCAUCGUGUCUGGUUUUAUAUUGAUAUGCCCCCCCCACCAAAAAAAAAGACUGGAUAGUUUUCAUAUUUGGAGGUUGAACAAUGUUUCUAAAUUAGUAAAACAUGAAAUUGCAUCAUCCCUAGAGAAAUAGAUUUUAUUUAGUCCAAUUUUAUAUAACUAUAAAAUGUACUUUAAUUUUUUUUAGCUUAUUUACUGAGUUCUGCAUUGUAAUUCUGUAUUUGUAGUUUAAAAUAAACAUUAAUUCUGGGGAAUUAGGAAUAUUUGUAAGAAUUGCAUACAUUUUCUUUGCCAUAGUCUGAGACAGUAGCAUAAGUAGGAUAGGGCAAAGGGAGUUGCUGUCAUGGGGUGUGAUGCUGAUCAGGCAUGAGUGUAGUACCAUCAUUCAUUUAAGCAGUCUGAUAUUUUUUAUGCAAAACUUGGAAGAGGACUUUUGUCUUCAGCUUUUGGUUGAUUGGGGAGGGGAGUGAUACCAGUCUUGAAAAUGCCAAGGGCACUGUUUGAGGUAAUUAUGGCUCUGGUCUGAGAAAUGAAACAGAAAUUCAGACUUGUCAUAAUGUAUAUUUGGCUGUUAAAGGGCAUAGAAGCCAACUGUUAUCUUUCUGUAGCAGCUGGGAGUUUGACUUUGAGAUGACCAGCCUGACCUGAACCUAAAUGAAUUUUAAACCAAGCCUGUUAAUUUGGUCUUGAGUAAGGUUAAUAUCACUUCAGCGUUCUUUUGAGUUUUUUGGGGUUUUUUUAUAUUGGUCUUCUGAGUGGGGAACAUUGUGUCUGAAUUGAAAGCUUUUACUACUAGAAAGUAAUGCUGUUAAAUCUGAAGUUUUGCAGUAUGGUUCACUUCAAGGACUAUUAUAUCAAGUUUGUUGGUUCACAGCCAGAAGACCAAACAAGGAACACUGCUACCUUUUUCUUUUCGGGAAGUUGCAUCCUCCCCACUUUCCUUAUAGAUGAUGGUGUUUCUUGUCUUCCCCCCCCCCCCAAAAAAAAAAAAUGAUGCCACUAACAGUGUGCAGGUUGUACUCCUUGGUGAAGAGAUGCAUCUCAGGCCUCUUGGUCCUAAGCAUGUGGGACUUUGUGAGGUCAUAUAUGAAACGAGAGAUUAGAUAUCCACAAAUUAUUCUUGUAAUGAACUGAAUGUUUUCUUAUCCAGCAUGCAGAGCCACUUUGCCAGAUGCUUGUAGACUUUUUCAUUUGGUAGCAGAGGCUUUUGCUCAUAUUUGCCAAAUAUAGUGUCCUUUAUAUUAAAAUGCAUUCAGUGUUCUGUUGUGUAUGGUAUAAAUAUUAGGGAAUGGCAUUUAUUCAUUACAAUGGUAAAAUUACUGUCAAUUAGAAAAAAUUGUUUUGCAUCUCAGGAAGUUGUAAACUGGACUGUGAUUUUCAAAAAAUGGAUUGUAACUUCAAAGAUAAUGUACAGUCAAGGCAAGAAACAAAUGUGUAUUUUUUUGCAUAUUGUUCUGAGUGUGCAGUGAAAUGAGCAUUUUCCAUUUUGUUAGUUAAUGGGUGUUUUCAUAUUUCAUUAUUUGUUAAUCUUUAAAAAUGUUGGUAGCAACAGCAAAAUUGUACAUAUGAGAGCUCAAGUCACUGAAGUUAGGAGGUUGUGUCUUCACUAUAUCCUGUUAUUUUGUAUAUAAUGUCUCACUGAACAUUUGUACCAAGGCUGCACCAACAUUCCAUGCAGCAUAUAAUUUUUAAGACUUUUGAGAGCCAGUCACCAGACAGUAUUGUCAGCUGAUUAAUAAACAGCAAAGCCUG